AUGUCUUCCAGUGAGGAGGAAGAUGGCAUUCAUAGCUCGACCCCUCGGAAGCGUUCCAGGGCAUGCGAUGUUUGUCGAAAGAAGAAAAUUCGAUGCAACGCUCUAUUAACACCAGGAGCACGGUGCUCAAGCUGUGUUGCUUGUGGUAUCGAAUGUACCUAUCUAGAAACACCCAAGAGGCGAACACCGUCGACAGGAUAUGUCGCCGGCCUUGAACAUCGGGUUCAGGGUUUGGAGAAUAUUAUUCGCCUAUUGUGCCCGGAUGAUCAAACCUAUGAACAUUGGCUAGGUUCACUCGAGGAAGGCUCUGAGGAGCACGCCUUCAGCCCAAGGCAUCAAAUGCGAUCAUCAAUGCAGGUCAGACCAGGAGCUCUCGUCGAUAGGAUUUCUCGCGCCAUCCGUUUGGUUGGAACCGAUUACCAGCCCACAUUAGAUGAUCACACCGACGGCCCAGUUGCUGCUGAGGCUAUGAAUCCAACCACUGACCGAUUCUUUGGAAAAUCCAGUGGAGAAUCUCUGGCUAACAUUGCUCAGUGGGAAAGAAAGCCUGAAGUCUCCCAAUCGGCUCGAUAUAUAUUCCCUGAGCCUGACCUCUCGACCGCUCUCCUCGAUCUCUUUUUCGAACACAUCAACCUUUACUUGCCACUUUUACAUCGGCCAUCCUUCUGCAAAUCCGUUCAAGAUGGACUCCAUCAUUGCAAUGACGACUUUGCGGUCGUCUAUCUCACCGUGGAGAGCACAACGACGGGGUUUCUCGCCUCUCCGACUUUGUAUAACCUCCAAUUCUAUUGUCUCAGCGUGGUAUUCUUGCAAUUCUCAUCAUCCGUAUCCUCAGUCUGGACGAUGAUUGGCGUCGCCGUUCGGUCGGCGCAAAGCGUUGGUGUCCAUAGGCGUAAAACAACUUUUACAAAUAGUCUGGAGAACGAAUUAUGGAAACGCGCCUUCUGGGUACUUCUCUACCUCGAUAGAACCAUCAGCGUUUCAGUGGGCCAAUCUUGCGCGAUACAGGAGGAAGACUAUGACGUGGACAUGCCUAUCGACUGCGACGACGAGUAUUUGGAUCACCCAGACACGGAGCAAGAAUCCAAGCAACCCUCCGGCCAACCUUCCUUGAUUUCUGCAUUCAUCUUGCAAAUCAAAUUAAUGCAAAUUCUAAUUUAUUGUAUUCGAGGAAUUUACUCACUAUGCAGCACGAACUGGAGGUUUGGAUUGGUCGGGCAGAAAUGGAAAUUCCAUAUCGUCACCGAGUUGGACUCGAGCCUCAAUAAAUGGCUCGAUUCUGUGCCUGAUCAUCUACGCUGGGAUCCUGACCGUCGACGUGGCAACUUUUUCAAUCAGUCCGCGAUGUUAUAUGCGAUGUAUUAUCACAUUCGAAUUCUGGUCCAUCGCCCAUUUAUCGCCUUGCCGGGUAGACCGUCUCCUCUAUCUAUCCCCUCGCUUACUAUAUGCACCAACGCUGCUCGUGCAUGUUGCCACGUUGUCUACACCCUUCUCCAGCGCGACACGUUAGCGUCAUUGCCUGCCGUCCAGGUUGCCACACUGUCAUCUGCUGUUAUCAUGAUGUUUAACAUCUGGCAAGAGAAGCCGCCAGGACCAGGUGUUUCCUUGAAAGGUGACCCGGAUAUGGAAAGCGUCCACAAGUGUAUGCAAGUCCUAAAAGUUGCAGAGGAGCGGUGGCAUAUGGCAGGCAGGUUUUGGGAUCUACUACACGAAUUGACGUCCCUUCGCGACCCACUUUCCCCCAUGCAGACAGGACGAACUGCAAAGUCUCUGGUCAGUAACGAACAAGAAGACCCAUACGUGCAUAGCGUGUCGCUCGAGGUGGACUUCGUGAGUCCAGAAAUCCUCAACCACGAAAGUUCGUGCCACCAUCGAAGCUCAACUGGCGAUACUUGUUCUGAGAUGGGAGACAGCUUGACAACAUCUCGUAUCCAGCGGCCCUCGAGCGAACCUCUUCGGCAUGGCAUUCUCAACGACGACAACCCAGGCUCGUUAAAGCAACAGAUUGAGCAAACUCAUAUUGGAUCAUCCAGCGAAACCUCAGCGGCUGCCCCUCUACUGCAGAACACAAUCGACGCGACUACGCAGUACAACCUAGUGAAAGCCUGGGAUCCUGAUAGCGCUCCUCAACCGACCUCUGAGAGAACCGUAACAAGCGGAAUAGCAACACCUGCCCUUGCUGGAGCUGGAGCGUUGACGACGAUAUGCCACAACAGUGGGCAAUUCCAGCAAGUCCCUAUUCGGCGGCACAUUUCAAGCAACGGGCCCUAUGCCCUCGAGUCGCAGCAAUGGCUGGGCGACGGGGUUUUCAACGACGAGAUGAUGAACAUGUGGUCGAAUGCGCCAACAGGAUUUGGGCUGGAUGAUUGGGAUGUAUAUUUGAGCGGAUUCCCAGACUUCAACUAG